AUGGCAGAGAAGGAAGUGGCGGUGCUGGGUUGCGGCGGCGCUCCGUCGCUUCCGCCGAGCUGGGCCAGUCUGGUCACAGACUCGGACUGGCAAGCGACGACCAAGGCGCUGGACAGAGCGUCGAACAUCAUGGGCUUGAUUUUUUUGGCCUGGGCCGUCGUGCUGGCGGGCAUCGUCGCGGCGCUCGCCUUCUCACUGGACCAGCAGGGCCUAUGGGGGCUUAUGGGCCUCAUUUCUAUGGCCGGCUUGGCCCGUGGAUGCGUGUACCCCAGGGCCAUCAAGCAGCUCAACAACGACGUCUAUGGGAAGAAGGAUUUGGAGCUCAGCUGGAACUGGAAUUGCCCGGAGACCCUUUCCUUGAAGCAGAAGAAAGGCGAUACCAUCGGAGCGGCAUCGGAGCCUUGA